UUUCGAAUGUUGUUUUCAUAACAAUUAUCAAAUGUGUAUUUAUUUGUAAACAUUCAAAAUGAAGGCAUUUAACAUUUCAAUUUCACAAUGCCCACCAAAGAACGUCUCAAGAGAAAAAGGGAACAAGGAAUCAAGGAAGAAGCCAAGAAAUGUCGCCGACUACUCGAUUUCUUUUCAAGACCAAAUCUGGAAGAGUCCGAGGUUGUUUCUUAUGAAGCAGACACGUCAACAGAGAUGAUAGCCCGCCUGAUACCUCCACCUCGUCUUCAGGUCCCAAUACUUUGGACACAGUUUCACUUAGUAAGGAUGCAGCCCUGAUCAGUUUGGAUUCUUGUGACUCCAUUUUGAACUCUGACACACCUACUGUUGUACUUGACUGUAAGCAGUCUGAGAGAACACCAUGCUUCACAACUCAGAAGAGGAUUGGAGGUGGUCACAAGCUUACAUUUGACGAGAAGUGGAAGACUAACCGACCUUGGCUAAGGUACCAAGAAGAAGUAGACGAGGACUGUAUGCCCAGAGCUCUCAUGUUCUGUUCUCUAUGUCAGAAGUGGGAUACAAAAGGAAGAAAUGGAUCUGUAGUCUGGAACAAGAUUGGUUGUGAAACAAUAAGACUGGACAAGGUGAAUGCACAUGAACUAUCUAAGAUGCAUGAAGAUUCAAUUCAUCUUGAAAAGAAUGAACUUUCCACCAUUGAUGAGACAUUAGGUAAACUACAAAAAAGUGAAAUGACUGCAUUGAUUGAUGCCCAGAAGGUUCUGUACUUCCUCAUUAAGCACCACCUUCCUCACAUGACACUUUUCAAGCCACUUGUUAACCUUUGUGUUGAACUUGGAGCAAAGAAUCUUGCAAACCUAUCUCAGGCAAAGAAUGCAACCUAUACAAGUCAUGUGAUUAUACAGGAUUUUAUUGAUAGCCAAUCAGAUAUUGUGGAAGAGAAGAUUCAGGCCAAGAUGAGGAGCAGUGAAUCAUAUGGCUUAAUGUUGGAUGAGUAUACUGAUGUGGCAACAAGGAAGCAUCUUGCCUUUGCUGGAAGAUACAUAGAAGAAGGAGAAUCAAAGUUGGCCUUCCUUCGAGAUGUGGAGAUACCUAACGGCACUGCCAAUACUAUAGUUGAGAACAUCAAAGACUAUCUUCAUGACGCAGACCUAGACAAGAGCAAAAUGACUUGUUUUGCCAGCGAUGGACCUGCUGUCAUGACAGGAAAGAAGAAUGGUGUGGUUGCUCAACUGAAAAAGGAAAAUCCAAGUCUGAUUGACAUUCACUGCAUUAAUCACAGAAUGCAGCUUGCAGUGAGCUCCGCUUUCAAAUCUGUCACGUCCAUUGAGAAUGUGGAAGAACUUUUGAUGGGACUUUUUAAGUAAUUAUCACUACAGCACUGUCAGAACAAAAAAGAAGCCUGGAACAGAUGCAAAAAUAUCAAAUGCUAUGGAAAUGCCUGAAGAAAAACUACGAACUCUUACAAUAAAGAAGGCUGUACACACUAGAUGGCUGAGCCAUGAGAAGGCAGUCCACACUGUCCGUCAGCUGUAUCCAGCCAUUUUAGCUGAUUUGGAAAAUGCUGUUGGUAUGGGCAACGACAAGAGAGCAGGUGACAGACAGAGUGUUACAGCUGAAUGCCUCUACAGGCAACUCAAGUCCUAUGACAAAUUGUACAUCAUCCUCCUACUGUGUGAUGUCUGCUCAACAGUGUCAGCCCUCUCACUAAGCUGUUU